AUGAAAGGUUCCUCUGAUUUUACGCUCCCACUUCAGGGUCCGAUCAGUGAUCGACAAACGGUCAUGGUGGAUUCCGAUCGUCCCACCGAAUUUUUGGAUUGCGGCCUGGUGGUUCGCAGUAUCGGAUAUCGAAGUGUGCAAAUCGAUUCCGAUCUACCGUUCGACCAAGCCCGUGGUGUAAUCCACUCGAUUGAUUCACACGGUCAUGUGGCUGAACCUUUGCAUCGGCCUGUCGGUGCAGAUGCCUCAUUAUUGUAUUGUACCGGGUGGGCGAAACGGGGUGCGGUCGGUGUCAUCGUGGACACGGCUAUGGAUGCUCGUGAAACUGGACGAACGGUGCUGCAUGACCUUGCGGAGGCGGAAUUACAUGCGGAUCCGCGAGUCACGCAAAAGCCCGGAUUGCAGCCGAUCCUGUCGAUACUGCGUGAACGAGAUGUUCGCUCCGUCUCGUUUGCCGAUUGGGAACGUGUGGAUGCUGUUGAACGGUCGAUCGGGAAGCAGUUAGGCAAACCACGGGAAAAGCUGCGCUCGGUCGAAUCGAUGUUGUCUGCUGCGUUCUCAGAAGUACAAAGGCAUCGAAAUGGUCAAACCUGA